CAUUGUCAGUCUGUUGUGGUCCAUGCACAGCAACAAGCUGGCAGAUCCUGAGAGACACAAGGACCAUGAGGACUUGAUGGAUUGUGCAGUGGCUGGCAUCCCUCUCUUCCUUAGGUAUUACAAGGGUUCGCCUACUUACUUUGCCGUCAUCCAGCUGGCAAGUUUGGUCCCGCCCAACAGACUAAUAGCCAGCUCGACUGUGUGCAGUGCAUGUGCCGCCAGUCUUAAGGCAGUGUCGGAGAUGACGCCCCAAGGUGAAAUAGAGGUGUUGAUCAACGCCCUCUGUUCUUGGAACCGGUUUGUGGACAUUCAAGACAUUGUUGUGGACUGGCUGGACCAAGCUUUCCGCUGUGAAGGGCUGAACCAGUCUAAUAAUCCAACGUUAGAACACAAGCAAAGGAAAGUGAGGUUCAUCGCCAAAGGAGGCAAACCUAUGCUGGCUCUGAGACUACUGGACGCUGUGUUCUUUCACCCUCUCAACAAGAAGAGAGUCCUGGGCAAGGCUUACAACCAGGUGUACGAGCUGUUCAUGUACCUGGAGCGGAUAAAGACUCUGGUGGACCGUCGUCUGCUAGGAGGUCUACCGCUGGACUCUGCCAUGCUGGGAGAUGACUUCCUUCUCAAGUGUUUCCUCCGCUAUGCCAAGCUGAUCCUGAUCCUACAUCGCCCCGAGCCACAGUCCGCCUCCGACAGUCGGUCCAUCGUUGACCCAUUUGACGCCGGUGAAGUCUUCCAGCAGCUGAUCCAGUGGGCUACCAUAUCAGUCAGAACCAUGUUACCCCAAAGGUUGGAGGAUGAGCCGGACAUCAGCGUGUUGUUGAUGAAGGAUCUGCUACGUGUUGCUGCCAACCUCGUAGACCUCAACUAUGCAGGGAAAACAACCAUCGUCAAGUUGGCUGCUCUGAUUAAAGACAUACUGUCAUCUGAAUGCAGUUUGUGGUACGUGGAGCCGAGCAUGAUUGUGGUGAAGCAUAUGAAGGACUAUUGCGAGGCGUUCUACGGGCCGCAGGAUCAGGAUCAGCUGUUGAGGACUGUUGUUCCGUCCUUGCUCAGUCAAGCGAUGCGGUCGCUCAGUGAGAACAAGUAUACCAAGGAAGAAGUGGUGCAGUGUGUGGAGAACAUGUACGAGUUGAAAACAUCAAUGUAUGAGGUGGUGAACUGCCUGCAAAAACUGUUUGGACCAAAGUCCCAUUUAGUACAGUCAGUUCUCAAAUUGUUUACCGAUGCUCUUGUCUCCAUAAUCAGUACGGAUAUUAAACAGCUGCAAAUACUAGACACUGUGGACAAAGUGCAAGAGUUGCCGUUUGUCUGUGGCAUUCUGUUGUCAAUUGUAUCUCGAGCUAACAUUGCUCCAUUGUGGAUUGCUACAAUCCCUUCUUCCAUCUCCCAACUGUACAGUCAGGAUGCAGACCUGCUGGCCGCUGCAGUAUCACUGCUGCACACACUGGCUCACUGCGGACUGUCGCUGCCUAAACAAGAGCUGUGCCUGGCCGUGAGAGAGGCCCACAGUGCAGUGACCUCCUACAACCGGGAGUCAACAGCUACAAGGCCCAGGGAUUCCUCUGUCUUGAUAGCCCGGGAAUUCACCCUACCCUUGGACACAAAGGCUAAAGAAUCACUGGCUUCCCAAGCGAAGGAGUCGCUCGCUUCACAAACAAAGGAGUCACAGGCGUCACAAGCAAAGGAAUCCUUGCCAUCCAGAACUAAGGAAUCAUUGCCCAUUGAGUCAAGAGAAUCAGUAGCCAGUACUAGUGUCUUUAAUGAAUCUUCGUUCUCUGAUCAUUCCAUAGAUAUCAAGAAAGUUGGACCACCAAUAUUGUCAGAAUUAGCAGCCUUCCUCAACACUACACUGAUUUGAAGAUUUGUGGUUGGAAGUUUGCCCCGGUAUGAAGCCUUCUUCAUUUGGAGCCUGCUAACUACUUUUAGUGAACAAAGUUUGUUAUUGAAUUACUAAUGUAUUUAAGUUUAACUAUAUUUUUCAAUUACAAGUAACAGACAUAGUCUUGCUUAGCUAAGAUAUUUUGUACAUUUUGUAUAUAUUUAUGGUAAACAUAAAAUUUAAGCUUUUGUAACGGUUUUAACAAGUAUUGUGUUAAGCAUUUAUUUCAAUUGUGUGUUUCUUGGAUGAUUUUUUUAAGUUAAAGCUGUAUAAAUUAUUGUAAUUAACAGUUAGCUUAUUUGCUAUACCAGGAUAGUAGUAUGUUUCAUGUUCAGUUAUAAAGUAUUGUAUACAAUAUACAAAAACUAUACAGACUAGUUAUUAUUAAUUAUAUUUUUUUAAUAAUAUAUUUUUGGAAAUAUUUAACUUUUAAGUUUAGUAGAAAGGACCACUGAAAUGAUUAAAACUUUUUAUGUAUUAAUGAUGGACUAACAAAAGAAGGGACUUUAAAUACUUUUUUCUGAGUGAUGCUUAGCUACGUUUAUCUGCUUUCUAACACCAUUUCACAAUCUUCAUGCGUAGGCUUUCGCGGCCGUUGUCAUUGAAAUCCAUGGUGAUGGUUUUCGGCGUCAACAGCGUCGUCAGUUGUAUUUCACUGCCAGAGGUUUCGCCCUUACUAUGAAGUGGCAUCCUCAGUGGCUAGGCUGAGACA